ACACCCACUACAACAACCACAACACCUACAACAACACCCACUACAACAACCACAACACCUACUACAACAACUAAAACACCUACAACAACACCCACUACAACAGCACCUACUACAACAACCACAACACCUACAACAACACCUACAACAACUACAGCACCUACUACAACAACCACAACACCUACUAUAACAACCACAACACCUACUAUAAUAACAACCACAACACCUACUACAACAACUACAACACCUACAACAACACCCACUACAACAACCACAACACCUACUACAACAACUAAAACACCUACAACAACCACAGCACCUACUACAACAACCACAACACCUACAACAACACCCACUACAACAGCACCUACUACAACAACCACAACACCUACAACAACACCUACAACAACUACAGCACCUACUACAACAACCACAACACCUACUAUAACAACCACAACACCUACUAUAAUAACAACCACAACACCUACUACAACAACUACAACACCUACAACAACCACAGCACCUACUACAACAACCACAACACCUACAACAACCACAACACUUACUACAACAACAACACCUACAACAACCACAACACCUACUACAACAACAACACCUACAACAACCACAACACCUGCUACAAGAACAACAACACCUACAACAACCACAACACCUGCUACAAGAACAACAACACCUACUAAAACAACAACACCUACAACACCCACAACCCCUAGGACAACAACCACAACACCUAUGACAACUACAACACCCACAACUACAACUCCCAUAACACCCACAACUACUACAACCACAGUUAAAACUAACAUAAAAACAGAACCAACAACUACCUCAACAAACACUACAACCUCAACAACACCCACAAAUACUAUAACCAGGACAAGCGCAACACCUGCAACUAGCACUGCACCCAAAACUCAGGCAGUCACCUCUACUUCUACUGCAGUCCAAGAUGCUAAAACAACAUCUUCAAGCAAAACAAACUCUUCUGAUGACAGCAUAGUGGUUCAAACCACCAAGACAAAUCAUGGGAACCACAGUGACAUUCCCACAACAGAUGGCAGAGAAAGCCCAGUAGUGACCAACACUACAACUGUAAAUCCAAAUGACAAACACACAGAUUCUCAUGGCGUUUCAACUGGAACUGGAAAGCCCGCUGACCCCCUGACAUCAGGUGGCAGCAGAAGCAGCAGUAGCAGCAGCAGCAGCAGCAGCAGCAGCAGCAGCAGCAGCAGCAGCAGCAGCAGCAGCAGGGAACAGCAACGGGAACAGCAACGGGAACAGCAGCAGCAACGGGGUACCUGGAUGGGGUAUUGCCCUCUUAGUAUUAGCUGCUGCAAUCUUGCUGCUACUCAUAAUCAUCUUCAUCAUGAUGCUGGUUCGAUGGUGUUGUAAGAAAACAGACAGCAGCCACAUGGACACUACUGAGGAUCCAUAUUACUCUGAAAAAAAGCAACCCCCCCAGGACCCUCUGCCAGUGUACACACCUCCAACCCCAGUGACAGAGAAACCAGGGUCAACCCCAGUCAUUGUUGGGGACACACCCAGAAAGAACAAGACGGGGUUCUAUGCAGUGAAUCCCUGAGAUUCUCUUGAUGAACUCUUGCAACAGGCAGACUGCAGUGGGCAGAGUGAAGAAACAAGAACCCCAUCAACAGUGAAGAGCCGCAUGAAUAUUGUACAAUAAAUAUCAAGAAAUGU